UGGAUCGCGGUUGCGGCGACGUCACAAUCGUCCGUGGCGAUGGCUGAGUCCGGCCGUGACGCGAGCGUCUGGAACGGUGCGGGCCGUGGAAUCCGGGGCUCGGGCUCGGGUCCGGGCCGCCACGAGAAGAGUCUCGGGCUCCUCACCACUAGAUUCGUGUCGCUGCUGCAGGAGGCCAAGGACGGAGUGUUGGACCUCAAGCAGGCUGCUGACAUACUUGCAGUGAGGCAGAAAAGGAGAAUAUAUGAUAUCACCAAUGUAUUAGAAGGAAUUGGCUUAAUUGAGAAGAAAUCAAAAAACAGCAUCCAAUGGAAAGGUGUUGGUCCGGGAUGCAAUACAAAGGAAAUCAUAGAUCGGUUGAGAUGCCUAAAGGCAGAGAUUGAAGAACUGGAAACGAAGGAGAAAGAACUUGAUCAACAGAAGAUGUGGCUACAGCAGAGUAUUGAAAAUAUAACUGACAACACAUACAAUAAUAGAUUGGCAUAUACAACUCAUGAAGAUGUCUGCAGGUGCUUUCAAGGUGAUACACUUCUUGCCAUCCAGGCUCCUUCUGGUACACAAUUGGAAGUUCCAAUUCCUGAACUGGGACCAAAUGGACAAAAAAAAUACCAGAUUAAUUUGAAGAGUCAAUCGGGACCUAUUCACGUUCUGCUUAUUAAUAAGGAGUCCAACUGCUCGAAGCCUGUAGUGUUUCCAGUUCCUCCACCAGAUGACCUAAUGAAGCCACAACAAGAUAUUGCAAUACCAUCAUUCCCAGAAAAAUUAUCUUCGACUCCACUUCCAUCAGAUCGAGUUGUCUCCCUAAAGGAGCCGUACCUUGUUCAGGCAGCCAUACCCAGUCAAUCUCCUGAUUGUGGCCUGCAGCUGCCUAGUAUUGCAUCAGGUGUCCUUUACUCAAACGUGGCAGAUCCGCCAGAAAUUUACAAAGGGAUGACAACUGAAUCAUUACAAAACAUUCGGGAGCAGAACGGAUUACAAUCACUACUUCCCGUAGAUGUUGGGAGCAUUCUCAAAAAUCCUCCAACAUCAUAUGAGCAAACAAAGACAGAAGAUUCAGGUGGAACUAUUGAUGGAGACAUAAUGGAUGAAUUUAUGUCAUCAGAUGCGCCUCUAUGGCCUGAAUUUUACACAUGGCACAUCCGCUCCUGCAAUUGAUCGGCUCCCGACCACGAUUCCCACAGGACGGUAAGAGGAGGCCAUCUCACCAAACCAAGAAAGAAUGGAUGGAGGUGACUGCCCACGUGAGCAGGCAUGAUGAUUUGCACCACAGUUGGCUCCAGUGCAGAAAAAGGUUCAGUGACCUUCUGUGCUCUGUGCCAGGGUGAGUACUGAGUCUGUUUGGAACUGCGUAUAGAUGUCUGAGUAGGUGGCAGGACUUGUUGGCGCUCACAAGCGUGAAAUGCAGAGUGCCAAAUGGCACAUACCCCUGUGCCUUGAGAGAUUGAAAGAUGUGCCCAGUUGGUUUGGAUGUCUGCAAGGAUGAGGUGUCCCAAUGUGAUGGGCACCACCUAUAUCUGUUGAUUGGGGGGGAUGGUGUUAUGGUCUGGCAUGUAGAGGGGGUCUCAUGAAAGCACUUUCGUCCUUACAGGGGAAGAGAAGUCAUAAUGUUCAGGGGUGAGGAUGAAUGGGUGGAGGUGUGCCCAACCUCCUUAUUUAGAUGCAGGUGGAGGAAGAAGCUCUGGAGGUUGCUUAUGAGCAUGGAGCCAGGUCCACAGGUCAUGGAGAGGCAGGGGUCUCAGAGGAAGGUAAGAGUCGAGUCGACAGGGAAGCGACAGGGUUGGGUAUAAGAUAUGUAGGGCAGUAGUAUUUGGAAUGGGAUGUUCAAACCAAUCGUCUGUGUCGCUUGCCCAUUCACAAUGCCUCUGUGAGGCAGUUGUCUAUUAUGAGAAGCAACCAGAGUGCCUGCACUGUGACUUCGUAAUGAUGUUAACUACUGACAUUUUCUCUUCCUUAGGUGCACCAUCUUCACAGUGCCUGUUAGACCCCAAGGACCCUCCUUACCACCGAGGAGGAGCUGCUCGCAGAUACACCUGCGUCACAUCCUCCCUUUGCACCAAGCACCAACACAGGCACGCCGGCGGGCAUUGGUGUGUCGGAUCAGAUGGUACUGCACAGCGGGUGAAGGCACAUCUCACUUGCCUGAGUAGCUGAUGGAGGCAGAGAGCCCCCAGGGCGUCGGCAGUCGGAGGAUUGCUGGAGACCAGACGAUGCUGAAUACGACGCAGGCGAUGAGCCUCUGGAGUCGUCUGUCAGGCGGCAGAUGGGUGUCCAGCAGGAUGCGCAGGAAGAUCUGACAGAGGUCCCUGAGGGUCUGCGUGCCAUGGUUUCUGUCUUGGAGGGGUCCAUGCGGAGCAUGAGCACUGCAUUGAGCUGGAGCUCCGAGUGCACAGCCUCCUCUAUAGAGAGAGUGGCAACUCUCAUUGAGAGGCAGCUCCAUCAGGGAUUUCUGGGGUUGCAUUUAGACCUGUAAGCCCACACACUGACAGCGACCUCAGCAGGUCACUGCCAGUGUGAUAUAAGGAUGAGGCACCUAGUAACUCUGCUAGCUGCCCUUCCAUCAGUGUUGAGCAGGGAGGUUCAAACCAACCUCAUGUUGGCGGACAAGCUGCAGCUCGCAUCAGCAAUCUCCUCUCAGGGUGAUGUAGAUGAUGGCAGCAACUCCUCUGCCCCUCUGCCAGUGGCCGUUGUAUCUGAUGAGACUGAGGAAUGCCCAGCCAUGACGCUGGACUCUACCGCCCAGACAGGGCCUGCACAGGCUCUGUCGGCCAGAGGAUGGCCACCAAGGCCGAUGGUAUCAGAGUCAGCAGGCUGCCUCCAACCCAGCUGCCAGCAAGGGGGGUGCACCAAGACAUGGCAUUCGCAAAUGGAAGUUUUAUGUCACUAUGAUCACAAAAGGGGUUGUCACAAGUGGUUUGUUUCCUUGGCAUGUGUGCACUGGUUCAUUUGUAAAUUUGGCUUCAUUAUAAAAAUGUUGUAUUAUGUGCAAUGAUGUUAGUGUGCUUCAUGCUUUGAAAGGGAAUAGGCUUGGGAGUUGCAUGUGAAACAGAGGAAGGGAUACAAACUUUAUUUCAGACAUAAGGGUGACAGGAUUGUCUCAUCAGGAAAGGUCAUUAAGGUGGCGCUUCCCUUGCUAUCACCUUGACUCCCUACUUUGGAUGCCUAGCUGAAAAUUCUCAGAAUCAAGGCCUCCCUACCUCCCGUAGGAAUCCUCACAACGGCCUCCGCCUCCUCACCUAGGGGCUCCUCCAGCUUCUCCUCAGACCCAGCACUUGAGUCAUUCGCCCUCUGCGGCAUGUAAAUCAGGAUCACUGUCUUCAUCCUACAAUUGGUCCCCCUUUGACAGAGCCAGAUUGUGCAGAGCGCAGCAAACAACAAUAAGCAAGACGCACUCUAGAGGAUAUUGCAGUGCUCCCCUGAUCGGUCCAGGCAGCGGAACCUCAUCUUGAGCAGCCCAAUGGUCCUCUCAAUUACCACCCUUGUAGAGGCAUGACUUCGAUUGUAUGUCUCCUCCACUUUCAUCCUUGGGUCUCUGAGUGGCGUCAUGAGCCACCGUUUCAGGGGAUAGCCUUUGUCCUCCAGGAGCCAACCAUCCAACCAAGCUGGAGCAAUGAAUAGUCUUGGCACCAGGGAGUGUCGCAGGAUGUAUGCAUCAUGGCAGCUGCCAGGGUACCUGGCUCAGACCUGAAAUAUCUGAGUCUCGUGAUCGCAAACAAGUUGGACCUUCAGGAGUAGAACCUCUUUCUAUUUAUGAAGGCACCCAGCUGACCCAGCCACACGAGUACAAUCUAUGGCUCCCUGGAUGCAGGGAAACCUGGCAAUUGCAAUGAAGCGUCUAGCUCACUCAGGCUGACUGGCUUUGUUGGUCCAGAAAUGAAUCAAGUUACUGACCUGUCUGAACAGAGCUUCAGUGACCAGCUUGACGCAGCUGUGGGCAGCAGAUUGAGAAACACCACAUAGGUCUCCCGUUGGAAAGAAUCUGAGUCAAAAGAAUUCAGGGCCACAGUAACCUUAAGAGCUACUGGCAUAGGGUAGCCACCUACACAGUUUGAGGCGAUCCCUGAGCCAAUAAUCUGGCAAACGGAGGUCACAUUGUCCCUAGAGAGCUGGAGCCUUCUUUGGCACUGGACCCACUGCCUGUAAUCUCUGGCUGCAGUAUAAUGGUGUUUUCAGGGGUCCCUUCUGCCUUGUACUUCUGCCAGCCUUGCAUCUCCUCUGGCUGAGCCUCUCUUUCCACAUCGCACUCUGGGACGCUGACUGCGGGCACCUGGCCUCCUGUCCCUCCUGGCCCUCCCCUCCUCUUCUGAGGAGGUCCCUCCAGCAGAGUAGACAAUCCCCAUUUACUGCAAUAUAGAGUGCACAGGAUAGUGCACCGAAGGGGGUCCUCAGCAGAAAACCUCUGAAAAUGCUGGUAAACCAGUGUCCUCCAGAACACAAAGAAAAUGCAACAAACUGUCUGAAAACCACCUCCAGGCAACUCAUAGCAAGUUGAGUAGGUAGGAGUUUGUCUAAGACCCUGUUUGCCUUUUAUCCCACCUUGGAUCGAGUUUUAAUUAAAAAUGGCCACCUGGCCAAGUGGCCCGUGUACCGAGUGUGAAAUCACACUGGCCACGUAAAAUUCUGAUGAAUUGUCUUCUUAAUUAGCCUAAUUACCCCUUUAAUUGUUGGCUUCUGAGAUCCGCCCAUGCCCGCCGACCAUAAUAUCGCACGAUGGAGUGAUGAUGUCAGAACGUCCCCCCCGACCUCACCUUGCAUGAUUUUGAGAGAUUGGGAUCACCACGUGCCUGCUCUGACACCAUAAGGUUCAGGCCUGUAUUUUUUUUAUAUAACGUGGAGACCAGAACUGUUCACCGUAUUCCAAGUAUGGCAUAAUCAAGAUCCUUAUACAAGUUUAACAUAACUUCUCUGAUUUUCAGUUCUGUGAACAUUCUGAUGAAAGUGAGGGAGCAACCAACUGAGCCAAAUACUACAGGACAAGCCUCUGUGCUUAGUGUGACAAACGUUUCUAACAAUCCGCCAGAUAGGAUGAUAGAGGCAAAUAGAUGAAGAAGUUCAAAGUGAAACUUGAUGCCCUAACUAGAGUCGGGUUAUUAGUGUAAAGUCCUUUGAUGAGUCAAAGGACAAGCUAAUCUUAAACUUGUGCUCAGCGAGUUCACCCAAUAAGUACAUUAGUCAUACUGUCUAGAAAAAAUACCGGAGUUUCUCCUGGUUCAUCCCCUCUAACUUUAACAAAGGAGCCACGGAAACCCUGGAUUUUUGUGGUUCCCAAUGGACAAAAAGAAUUCCUGUGAAAAUUGCCCUCUUCUCUCCAUAUUUUAUCCGCAGUCAGUGCAGCAUCAACUGACCUCUAACAGGGAUGGGCUGGUAAAAGUGCUACAAUUGGCCUCUGUGCCCUGGGUUAGGGAGGAAAAAUCAGAAGAGUUUCUAUUAGAAGAGCAUCUUUAUGAACUGGUGGAAGACAGAAUUAGGUUCAGCUGUGAUCCUGCUACAAUUGUGCACCUCAUUAAGAUCACUCACAUGAAUAAUAGCCAUUUGGGCGAAUUAUUGUAUACAAUCUGCAACGGAGAAAAUGUACCCCAGUAAGGAGCAAUCAUUUGUCCUCAAGAGAAGUGAGAAAAUUGGUGACAAAAAAAAGUCACUAUUUAUAACAGGUGCCUGAAGUUUUGUUUUACCUUUAGCCAGUUCUCUCCCUGUAAUGUGCUCUGUUUA